AUGGCUGCAAAUGUACCAUAUACGUACCUGUACCGAGUAUUAAGGACGGACGAAGAUGUUCGUUCGGGCGGGAUUCGAGCGAAAAGACCCAUGGCAAAUUACACAAUUGAAGAACAUGUUGCAAACGGUUCUUACAUGUCGACCCAGUUCAUAUCUACAACGGCGUCUUUGGAGUCUGCUAAAGACUUUGCAAGGAAGAGCUUUGGCUAUACGCCUGGAUCUCGAAAUGUUGCUAGAAUUGAUACAACCAGACUUGGUCAGAGUGUUCAAUAUACAGACCUCACUAAUUCAACAGUGUUGUACGGACAAAUACCAGACGAUGAACGAGCACAAAAUUUUGCUCGAAAGUUUAAUGAAGUGGUCAUUACCGGACAUAUUCCUGCAAAUUGCAUAGACAGAAUAUUUAGUGUGUGA